UUAAAUCCGCUAUUUUACAACAACAGCUAAUAUUACGUCUUAGAUUACGAUCAGUGCACCAGGAAUAUGAAAAAAAAGGGCCAAUAUAUUGUCUAUGUUAUUAGGAUCAUAUCGGCGAUACUGUGAAUAUCAAAUAAAAUAGUUAUUAUAUGUGACUGUUUUACCAAAAUUUCUUUCCAUCUAGUAUAAAUAUAAAAUGUAGCUACGCAUUUACGAAUUGAUACCUUAAACGCUGUAGAUAAUCAAAAUCGUUGUAAACGCCAGCUUGUAACAGCCGUUUAUCCCUAAAGACUAGAGUGAAUAUUUUUGUUAUAUAGUAUUCUUGCUUGUACAAGACUUGCUCACGGUCAAAUUAGCCGUCAAACAUCGUCCUUAUACAUCCUCAGCUAUUCACAAGAACUUAUCCUUAUGUAUCUAGCCACUAGCAGCUCAGCUGUUUCCAAGGUUGAACAAAUAGAGGCAUUUAUUUUAUCAUAUGCUAAAAAACAGGUCAACAUCAAUGAAGCCCGUGAGAUGUUUUCUGAUUUUUGUUCCGAAGCCUUAAAAAAAUGACCUCCAAUGUUGGUACUGUUUAUUUUGGUUACCUCGGUUAUCAAAUGAGCUUCAGGGUAAGCAAAUUCAAACGUCAAUUAGAGUUGUAGCUAGGUAGCCUACUGCUGGGCUAACCUCAUGUUGAGCGUGUUUCCUAUACUCGGUUAGCGGCGCUUGGUUCAGUUUGUUUUUAACGAAAUAAACGAGGCUUAGAAAUAAAUGCUGCACGAUAGUAAUGCUUUGAUGUUCUUUAGAAUCAACUGAUUUUGUCCACUGUGUUUAAUUAAUUAAAUUUUGAAUUAAUAUUUGAAACUCUAGGGUUUGUAGAAAUACAUCAUCAAUAGUAUGGCUUUUAGACAGUUAUCAAACAAGGUCCUAAGCAUAAUUUUCGUAUUUAUCUAUGUUCGGGUAUGGUAUGAUUUCAAGAGCAUAUCUGAUUUGCUGAAACUAUUGCGGCGUGUAUUCCGUCAGGUCACACCUUAAAAAUCCGCAUUGCUUUCUAAGCAACAAAUCUUGUGAAUGCUAAGUCCGCAGCCUUGUUGGUGAUAGACUCGUAUGUAUACGGCAUACCGAAAGUUGUGCAUGUACGGUUUUUACACGUUUUCUUUGGAUUGGAGAAGUUUCGAAGUUUUUGUGUCAAUAUGUACAAGACGUAGAAAGAUACGUGCAAUAAAAUGCGGCACGUUGCUUGCUUCAAAUAAAAGCAGAGGGACUGCCGAGCCGGCAACGUUGUUGUCGCGAAUUUAAGCCUCAUAACUUGCGUUCAACUCUAUGUAUACAUUGUUGUACUCGGUAACCUAGCUGAAUUUAACAACAAAACUAACAGCCAUUAUUAUUAUUAUUAUCACGACACAUUGUGAAGAUUGCGUGAUAUGAGAGAUAUUUCGCUUGUUUUUUUAGUUGGCUAAUCAGGGAAAGGCAAGACCGACGCGUGGCAUUUUAAGACAAAUCCUAUUCAAUCGUCUAGUUUAUUAUCAAUCCUUCAAGAAGUCUAAAGUUUAUUUGCGCAAAGGAAAUCUAGUUUGUCUAAUGAGAAAAAAUAAUGGUGAAUUAAAUAUUUUAAGAGACAGUCUGUAUUACUAUUUCAUAAAUACAAAUAAAUUUAAAUUUUUUAUUUCACAUAAUUUUGUGCCUUGUGCCUAACUAUCUUGUACACUAGAUUCUUCAGACUUGAAUUAGGAGUAAAAGCACUCGCUCUAACUAAACUGCCAAUAAUAAAUAUCGUCACCCUUUUUGAGGAAAGAUGUUAAUAAUCUGGAGUAAUCUCAGCAGUUACUGGAAUGCCGCCGAAAGAAAUAGCUAUGAAACUUAUUGAUCAUACAUAAUUGUAAUAAUAAGAAUAACAUUAUAUACGGCGUCGCCCUUAAAAAGCUUAGUUUUUGACCAAUCUGUGUAAGUGAAAAUGACCUAUCUACAGAUUCGCGACACGCAGAACGGAACCGACGUAUGACAACAAUAAUAGCAUGUGGCUUACAUCCAGACAGACACACGUACUAAGAGAUAGCCAACAGCCAUUUCCACUCUGUGUUUGCCUUUGCGGCCUGUCUGGUAAACUAAAUCGCACGAGUACGAUGCGUUGGGUAAAUAGCAGCACUGAACAAACAGUUUUCCCGCCAUUUGUACCACGCAAAUGGCAGAUACUAUAAUGAGCCCUGGUUAUACGUGUACUAACACAAGCUCAACCACAUCACGAUAAAGAGUUUGGUAGGACGAUCUCAAUCCAUGAAAUUCGCUUUGACGAGAAUGGAAGCGAACCUGCAAGCCGCCAAUGAGCUUCGUCGAAUGGGAAACAAAAAGGUGUUUUCAUUUCCCUGUGACGUCACCGUCGACGCGCAGGUUAGCGCGGUAGCAGCCAAGAUACUGAAGUUCUUUGGCAGAGUGGACAUCCUGGUACACAACGCGACCUGGUGGGAACCCACGGCUGUUUCUCCACUGAUCCAAUCACCAUCAGAGGCUAUUCAUCGGACGAUAAACGUCAACCUUCUUUCUCACUUUUGGAUGACGCGUGCCUUUCUACCUUCAAUGAUCGAACGUCGUUCCGGUCACGUCGUGGCUAUUUCCUCGCCGUCCGGGCUUAUUGGCAAUUCUGCAAGGUUUUCGUCGUUUUGCGCCUCGCAACAUGCCAUAGUUGGCGCUAUGUCAGCGUUAGCUGCUGAACUCGAGGCAUACCCCAGCAUUAAGCUCUGUAUUGCAUGUUGUCCUGUAACUGUAGUAACGGCCACGACAGAUACUAGUACCGUGACGACACAUCGAUUGCGUCUGCCUUCAGCUAUUCGUCGUCUAUUAGGGCUUGAAUUGCCCACGUUACGUGAGCAAGCUGCCGUUCUUGUCGACGGUAUUCGAAGCGACAAAGAGUACGUCGUCGUACCUAAGGGAUUCGUUCUACUACAGUUUCUCGAACAGCUUCUUUCGCAAAAGUUGUCGAAGUUCGCGCGAGAAAUGCUUCUCCUUGAGAAGGUGUCAUCCCCGCUGGCCGUGACAUCAGCGGUCGCAGCAUCUUCAAGUCGAGUUACCAAUGGAAACUCCUGUCAUUGACAAAUCAAAACCCGUUUAAGUAGAGUGUAUUCCAGGUUCUUCGAUCGCCCGAGGUACGGGCUAAGAGUCCUCAUAGUUAAAAGACUCCAAUGCUGGAAGCAGUUGACUUGUGCCUAAUAUCAACUAUAAACAGACUAUCGCAGAAGUAUCAUCGAGACGUUAACGACAGACCAUUAGAGAGAUGAUAAUCGAUGUUGGAAUCAGCUCAAGCGUCGCCUAUUGUUUUUGCUCAUUAUUUCAUAUUCCCAAUGACAGUUCUUCUAUUCGAGCGUAUUUAUCAUCAUCAGUGAUUUGACGACAAUAGAUGAAACGGAUUGGAAAAAUAGUGUGUUUGCACAAUACCAUAAAUCUGAUCGUGACAAAUCUGCCAUCGGAGAGAGGGCGGACUAUGGUAAAGCAUACUUUUGUCAGAUCGUUGUUUGCUUUAUUAAGCCGCCCAAAAUCUUCUAGCAACGCCUGGACCGGAGUUAGAAGCGAUGCUCUUAGCCAAACCGAGAUCGGCCACUAAUUCGUAAUAUAACACGUAAGAUACAUUUGAUAGUGGCAGUGUGUAAACAAAAGCAAUAAACAAUCUAUUCCAUAUGUAAAAGAGAUUUAUUGUACAAUUAAACCAAUUCAUGCGCCACAAUUGACCGAGCGUCUUCUAGUUGGUACGUUGCCUGGCAGAAAGGUAUUUUCUUUUUUCGAAAUUGAUUGAUGCCUUGCAGUGAUUUGUCAUUCUUCUCCUAGUGGUUUCUGUAGAGUACUUUUUGGGCAGUAAUCGCCCUAUUGCAUCCUGAUCUUCAUUAAUAGAUUUACAUUAAUCCUGCUACAGCUGAGUCCUUAUCUCCUGUAAAAAUAAUCUAUUUUUAAGAUAGGGUGGUAGUAAAUUGUGGAAAAACGUAAACUAGAAGUUUUAGCUGAUUUACGGACGUUUAGCGUUUUACGUUUAGACUGCUCUCUUCAUCACACGACUGCGUUCGUACUUUAAACUCUACUGCAAUUACUUUUUAAAGUCAUAUCCUGCGCGAAUGCACGAUAUUCCGUAAAAGAACAAUGGAAUGGACUGUAUUCUUCUAUGAGAUUAAAAAUGUAGCAGAAGUGAUGGAAACGACUAAGACAAAUUGAUUUACCGGUUACGUAGAGCGGACACCAUAUCGUAUCAUUCUACAGGCAGCGUUAGUCGAUGCGUAACACCGACGCUUUUGUCCCAAGGAAGCUAUUAUAUUUUGGCUUGACCUGAUUUGCGAAUUCACUAGUUGGUUACGAUAAGGCCAAGUUGGUGGCCGGCUUGCUGGUAGGUAGGGCCUUGUUCGCACCAUAUUCAUGUAGUAGAUUUGUUUUGUCGAAUCGCUACGUGUUCGUCGCCCUGGCGUUAACUGGCACAUGACCAAGUCGUUUAUCGUUGAUGCCUUGUUCCUGCCAUAACUUGGAAGUUUUUUUUAACUGUAGAGAUACGUCACUUUUACGAAGCUAAUUUCAUAUAUGAUACAUAUUAUAUAUGCAUUAAAUUGACCAAAAUCUAAACGUUUACCGUUUUGCAUCGCUUCCGCCCUCAAAUGCUUAUUCGUGGCACCCGAUGAAGUCGAAUGUAAACGUUCUAUAAAUACACGUACAUAUAAGUAUGUUGAUCGUGUUUAAUCUAGACAUAACCUUGAAUUUAUAUCGUUUAUGAGAAAAGGUGGUCGACAAACCUUACUACAGACGUUUUAGAUUAUCAACCGUGAACAGAGUUCCUUCCCGCCAGCUAGACGACUUCCUUGCUAGAUUCUAAAUGUUUUUCCAUCUUAGUCGUCUUAAUCUGCCUACAUUCUGUACAGAGUAUAUUAUUUCUAUUAUAGACGAUAAUGCAGGUGAUGCUGGCGGCGAACUCGACCGUAUUUAGGAGGGACGUUAAGAUGAGAGAAGAUCGAGAAGUAAGGAAAAGACGAAAACAAUCAAAUGAACGAAGACGAGAUUAAUAAAAUAGAGGAUAAAAUAAAGAUAAAAUCUUCUAACGAACUCACGUGAAUAGAAAAAAAAUACA